AUGCACAGUGCAUUGGAUGACAUGACCUGUCUAAAGGCGAACACCCUCUUGAAGAGCUUGUUAAGUAAUAUGGCUGAGCUUGUUUUCUUCGACGUCGAGACCACGACGGCGGUGGGACGAGGAAAGAGAUUUUGGGUGGUCGAGUUUGGGUCUAUUGUGGUGUGUCCAAAGAAGCUUGUUGAGGUAGAGAGCUUUUGUAGCCUGAUAAGACCACCUGAUAUAUCUCUAGUUGCGCCGACGAGACCAAGUGGUAUAACAAGAGAGGCGGUGGCGGCCGCGCCGAUGUUUGAGGAGUUGGCUGAUCGUGUGUUUCAGAUCUUGAAUGGUAGGGUGUGGGUAGGGCAUAACAUAAAGAGAUUUGAUUGUCACCGGAUAAAAGAAGCGUUUGCAGAUAUUGGCCGGCCGCCGCCGGAGCCGGUAGGGAUGAUAGACUCCCUAGAAGUUUUGACACCAGAAUUUGGUAGAAGAGCUGGUGAUCUCAAGAUGGCAACAUUAGCUUCUUAUUUUGGGCUCGGGCAGCAAAAGCACAGAAGCCUAGAUGAUGUUAGACUGAAUCUGGAGGUCCUUAAGCACUGUGCAGCAGUAUUACUGUUGGAAUCCAAGCUUCCUCAAAUAUUGCCUGGAAAAGACCAUGGAAGUCCGAGUAUGGUGACAAGAAGCAAAGCAAAUAAUGUGAGGUCAGGUGAGGAAGAAGCCAACAGAAAGUCUCCAGUAAGUUAUCUGGGAAGCAUCAGAGCAGCUCCUUAUCAGAAGGGAAGGUUAGGGAAGGUGAUCGAGAGAGCAAAGGAAGCUCUGAGGGGAGCUGAGGGCUCGCAGCCUCUUAAUGGCCUUCUGCGGCAUUCUCGCUUGCUAUUGAGAUGA